UGCUUCUUAUUUAUUUACUUGAUUUAUCAUCUGCUUGUGUUCUGUUCUUGAUCUGGUUGACUAUGGAUUUGGUCUGUACCUAUUUUAGAGAUAAUUUAGAGUCAAAUGGGCUGAAUACUAUUUUUUUGUCCUGUUGCUUCUUUUUGAUUAAGGCAUGUGCAAAGUGAAUGGGUAGCACAUCCGUGGCGCAGCAACAGCAUCCUUUCAUCUCUGGUAAAAGGAAGGGCUCAUUAAGCUAAAGGAAAUAACUUUAAAUAUUUUUAGUUUGUGGCAGCAGACACUUAGCUCUUAGAUUGCUGAAUGCUUUCUCUGGCAGAUGUUUAUUAACUUUCAUAAUUAAAAAAUUGUAACUUAAAUUUGUUUGUAAUUUACUGUUUGUUAGGAGUUUAAUAGCACAAGAGUGAUGAACACAAAUAAUUUCACUUUUAUUAGGGUCAUCAAGUAGCACAUGCUAGCCCAGCUGCCACUGUACGUUUUGUGGUUUCCUCUCAUUUUUAAUCAUGAAAUAAUCAAUCGCUAUAUUCAUAACUUUUAAUUUUCGUACUUUAAGUGUUAUAUCUAGGACUGGCUUCAGGUUUUAGGAGGUCUUGGACAAGAUGCCCUGCUGAGAGCAUUUUACCCCACUGUACAGAAUACUCGUUCACAGGGAUUAGAGGGCACCCUUUCAUGCUCCUUCAAGAGCCCUUUUCAGGCGCUGUGUUUCCAUUGUUCCUAUCUCACAUAAUGGGAAAGCAUGCUAUGCAUGAUUAUCUCAGUAAAUGCGACAAUUAUGUUGCUGGAAAAAUGCAAUGCACAUAUAAUGCAGUUUUCAGAUUGCAUGCACUGAAAUGUGCAUGCAAAAUGUGUAUGUUGCCCUUUUCGAACAAAAUGGUGACUGCGGAUACAGUGGAUCCACAGUACAUUUUGUGUUCUCUCAGUAUGUGGGAUAGGAGCUUCAGAAAUGUAAUGCCUGCAAUGGGGUAAGCUCUGUCCAUGCCUGCAGAGUGAAAAAGGGACGUGAAGAAGCCACUCUACCCUGCCAUCCUCAGGAGUCUUUCCUAUUAGGAAAUGGAAGAUCAUGCCAGAAAUCUCUGCAACAUCACAGCUGAGAAUGAAUGGAGAAUGGUCACAUGUCAAGGAUUACUGAUAUUUCUGUUCCUUGAAACCAGCUAUGCAAGCUCCUGUCCUGAUGUCUGCACAUGCUCUCCUUCAAAUAGCCAACCACUAAAAGUAGACUGUAGCUUCAGAGAACUGGAGACUCUUCCACUUAUACCCAAUUCAACACAAGAACUGUACCUCCAGCACAAUAACUUGGAAUCAAUACCUGCAGGAGCAUUUGAUUACCUUCAGGGGUUAAAUGUCAUCAAUUUGUCUAGCAAUCCAUGGCAUUGUGACUGUGGACUCUGGUACUUGAAAAACUGGAUGGAAGACCAAGCAGGAGGCCUGCAUAGCAGCGGUGUGAAAUGCUCCAGUCCUCCUUCACUUCGCCAGAAACCUAUGUCUGAGCUAACAAAUGAACUUACUUCAUGCUCCAGUCCCACAAAAUGUUGUUUUGAUUUCUUGUACAUUGAUGCAUUCCUCCUCGUUCUUGUUACUGUCUGGUUUAGUUUUCUGAUUGGGAGUUUCAUGAUGGUAAAAAAGAUUAAAUUUAUAAUGAAAAUCUGAAGCAAUAGCAUAGAGCUUCCUGGUAUGUUACCUUCAACUUCCAAUCAACUGAAAAGAAGACAGGGAAGAGUUUGGGCCUGUUCAUCAUUAGGGAUGUGUGAUCCAUGAUUCAUCAUGAACCAGCAAAAUAACCAGAUUUAUGCCUAUGUGGCAUAAUCUGGCUAUACUGGAUCAUAUAAGAGAAUCCCAGAGCAGACUGAGGGAACUAAACUCUGCUGGGCAGGAUUAUUUGGUUGUAGGCAGCUGCCACAGGUAGCCACAGCAGAGGUGGAGUAGCAGUGAGUGAGAAGUAGUGGUGCGAGUGAGAGGGCCCUGGCAUGAAUGGAGGCAAGCUGCACCCUGUGGCAGGAGAGUGGGUAAGUCUGGAGGGGUGAGGGAGGAGGCAGCAGGCA